GGUUUUUUGGUCACUGAAAAUAGGGGUCAGUUUGGUUUCUGUGUGGCACAGCAGGUCCUGCUCUGCCCUCCCCAUGUGCUGUUGUGACGUGACUUGCCUCUGUGGUGUUGGUCCACUACAUCUCCUUGCCAAGGACAGCUGGGAUGACUGGGCAGCCUGCUAGAGAGAGAGGCUGGUUUAGUGCUCGGUGUAGGUGGGGCUAGGGAGAUGGGGCUGUGUUUGCUUUGGAGAGGAGAGAAUGCAGUUUUUUAAAGGAAGAGGAUUGUUUCAUGUUGACUUUAUUCGGUAUGUUCUAAUCUGUUACAUCUGCGCACCCACCACUGAAGGCUGGGGCUGCAGAGGUGUCUGCGAGGGAAGAAUUUGGCCAACAAAAUUAUUACUAAGGGUAUGAAGUGUAUGAAUGUGGCCCUCUGAAAGAGUUUGGGGUUAAUAUGACAGAAUAUGUCUAACUUGGUAAGUAAAGCAUCUUAAUUAUUGCAAACCAAGGUGCACCAGAGACCCUCUUCAACGUUAGGAGGUCUGUCUUGAGAUUUGGCAGUUCUGAUUAGGGAUAUUUGUAUGCAUCUUCCCAGAAUGAGACUUGAGUGGCCUACAGCAACUCCACCUCCUUCUUUACCAAGGAGGUGUCCUUCUCAAACCUGGCCAGUGCUAGGAAGCUUCAGGGAAUAAAAUUCAUAGCUCUCAAGCACUUCUGUUUACUGUUUUGUUUCAAAAUAGACCCUCCCCCAUUAUGUAAGGGUCUUGGUUGUUUUUUUAGCAGAUGUGAUCUGGUCUUAGUGUCCUUUUGAAAGCCGACUUGCUAAUAAGCAGUGCCCUGAGAAAAUCACAAUUUCACGGACUGUGCGGAAGCCGUGAAAUUCACCCCACGCCAUGAUUUUUAAGGGGUGCAAACAUAGGUGGCGGAAGACUUAGCUCUCUCAAACAUGGGGCAGCAUGGAGGGCCACAGGGCAGCCUAGGCAUGGGCUGCUACAGUGGGUGGGGAGGGGCACACACAGACACAGAGCCUGCAGGUGACCAGGAUUGCAGGCAGACGGCAUGCAAAGUGCUGCCCACCAAAGCAGACACAGCGAGGCUACCAAAGUUCUCCAGCUCAAGAUAGUCCAGUAGACCUUGCUAAGUCUGAAUUGGGUAUGGAGACAGUUCAAGAAGAGGGACUUCUGGAGAGGGUGCAAGAACUGGAAGAGGAGGUGAAGAAACUUCAAGAGAAACUCUCAGAGGGCAAGGAGAGUAAUGGCAUAAAAAGUGGCCCUUCGGCAUCUGGGAAAACUAAGAAACGCCAGCAGCGUCCAUUUGAUUUUAGUGCCUAUGGCAAGAGACAUGUGGCACUGAAGAUUGCCUAUCUGGGAUGGGGAUACCAGGGUUUUGCCAGCCAGGAGAACACCAACAAUACCAUUGAAGAGAAACUGUUUGAGGCACUAAGCAAGACUCGGUUGGUAGAAAAUAGGCAGACUUCCAAUUAUCAUCGUUGUGGGCGGACAGAUAAGGGGGUCAGUGCCUUUGGACAGGUGAUUUCCUUAGACCUCCGCUCAAACACUUCAGAAGGAAAAAAAGUAAAUAGUCACGAGGAUGGCUUGGAAGAGAAAGCCAGUAGCUUUGUGGAUGAGAUGCGCUAUACCCAUAUUCUAAACCGAGUACUUCCUCCUGAUAUACGUGUCCUAGCCUGGGCUCCUGUAGAGCCCAGCUUCAGUGCUAGAUUCAACUGCCUCAAGAGGACCUAUCGCUAUUUUUUUCCACGUGCAGACCUGGAUGUAGCACUCAUGAAUGCUGCAGCCCAAAAAUACACGGGGACUCAUGACUUCCGCAAUUUGUGCAAGAUGGAUGUAGCCAACGGUGUGAUAAACUUCCAAAGGACUAUUCUCGCUGCACAGGUGCAACUGGUGGAUAGAGGCCAAGGUACUGGGCUACAGGACCCUUUCCAACUGUGUCAGUUUGAAGUGACAGGCCUGGCAUUCCUCUAUCAUCAGGUCCGCUGUAUGAUGGCAAUCCUCUUCCUAAUUGGACAGAGGAUGGAGGACCCAGAGAUUAUUGACGAGCUACUGGAUGUGGAGAAGAACCCUCGAAAACCACAGUACAGCAUGGCAGUGGAAUUUCCUCUGGUUCUUUAUCACUGCGAAUUUGAAAACAUCCAGUGGAUUUAUGACCAAGAAGUUCAGGAAUUCAAUAUUACUCAUCUACAGCAACUCUGGGCCAAUUAUGCAGUUAAAACCCAUAUGCUAUACAACAUAUUACAGGGGCUAGAUUCUGUCAGUGUGCCCACAGGAACAGACUCAGGGAACAACAAUAAAGUCCUCUGGAGAGAAGUGAAGCCUCCAAUCCAUAACCAGGUCAGCAGUUUCGUUGAGGGAGUGAAAGCCCGCACUUACAAACCACUGCUGGAUCGCCCCAAGUGUGAAGGUUUGGAGUCCCGGAUCCACCACUUUGUGCGCAGGGGCCGUAUUGAACUGCCACACUGCAAGGAGAAAGAGGCUGGAGCAGACGCACAAGAGCUAGAAAUCAAGAGAGGCCACAGUGGAACUACAGAAAAAGAUACCGAGGUACUAGAACAACCUGCCAAGAGAGUCUGUGUAGACACAGAAUCCAAGAUCUCCAAAUGAUACAUUGCCACUGGGGGACAAGCAACAGGGUGAAGAACUCCCCUGGGAUUUAAGGCUUCUUUCUUGGGAGGGAAGGUAGAUAGAAUUGUUUAAAGAUGGUUCUGUGCCUUUUUUAGUAUAAUGAACACUUUCUAGGGGACCCUACAAAUUAUUAUUUUAUAAUGGUCUAACGUAAAGAUUCUGAAACUGGUUCAUGGAGAACUCACUAAUCAUAUAGUGCUUGUUUUGCCUUUAACUGAUCAUGCAUUAAAAGCAGCUAAUA